AUACUGUUUUUCAUAUGAACGGAGUACAUUAUUGACAUUUUGGCCUCCACACCACUUCAAAUGUUCUUAACAUUCUAAAAAAUGGCCUUAUGUUGUGAUGCAUAUAUGUCUAUCCAGGUGACACCGAAGAGGUACAUCCACAGGGACUUAUAACACUCACCGGUCCUUCAAGUGCCAUUGACGCUGACGAUAUGGUCACAAUCAGUGUGAGUUUGAAAGACCACGACACUUUGUCGCCAGAUGAUGAGAUUGCGGAGGGAGUCGUUGUUUGGGAACCCAGAAAUGAGAAUCUAACAUUCGCCAACUACGACAAGCUUUUGGAGAAGGUGGUGAAAGGACAGUAUGGCAGCGUCACGGUGGGUUACUCCAUCACAAGAUUCGAUAUGAAUGCCACCGUGAGGGUGGUGCUAAUCAACGGUGACAGAGAAUCACCGGUGGAUGUGUACGGAUCCAUCAAAGCUACCUCCGUACUUGACGGCGGUUCUCCACUAAUCACUUUGUUUGAGAAGUCGGCGGGUGACAGCGUCAAAGUCAACCUCGAAGAGGAAAUCCCGUUGACUAGGUCGGCUGUGGUGGUUCCAAUGGACGAUGGGGUAACCAUUUCUGCAUAUCUGUAUGACCAUGAUUCAAUCUCAUCUGAUGAUGAAACUGCUACCAGCUGUGUAUCCUUUCAUCCCUCAUGUCCGGGAACCACCACCUCUACCAUAAGUGGUGUAUAUGGUCAAGUCCAAGUCUCGAUCACUGCCGACUAGUGAGACAUUGUACUUCGUGUUAAUAAUAAGUUAUUUUAUGUAUAAAUAAACGAUGGUAAUAAAAUGGCGGUCUCGGUCAUGAGAAAUAAAGUACAACUACGACUACUUUGUAGUAAACUAGUAAUAAUCGAGUUAUGUACCCUUGCCCUUGGUAUGUUUGAUAAA